GCCUUCAUCUCAGUCCAGCCCCAGUAGUCCAAAGAAGCAAAGGAAGGCCAGCAGCUCGGCAGCCUCCCUGCUGCAUGGAUCUUGACUCUGAUGCAGAGAUGCCGCAUGGUUCUCAGAGCAGUGAAGCUUUUCACUUUCAACCACCAUUGCCUCCUGGCACUCCUCCUCUCUUCACCCCUCCACUCCCCAAGGGCACUCCACCACUGACUCCCAGUGACUCACCUCAGACCCGGCCUGCAUCCGCAGCCAUGGACGAGGACGCCCUGACACUGGAGGAACUUGAAGAGCAACAGAGGCGGAUCUGGGCAGCACUCGAGCAGGCUGAGAGUGCCAACAGUGAUUCUGACGUUCCUGUGGACACACCUUUAACUGGAAACUCAGUUGCCUCAUCACCUUGUCCCAAUGAGCUCGACCUCCCUUUCACAGAGGGAAAAGCAUCUGAGAAACUGAUACUAGAUGAGCCCAUGGUGCCAGACAUAUGUACACAGACAGCCGAAGUUGGCCAUCCCUCGAGCCCAGCUCCUGAGGCCACACUGCUUGGUCAGAAGGAGGAGGAAGAAUCUGCAGAGGUGGACCCUGAUGGUGCCCUUCACAAUAAUGGCAAAGGAGUGUCAGACUGUGACAUCAGGAAUGGAGGCAGCCAGACGCUCCCUUCUGGAGACACUCGUCCUUCAGCAGCCACUAAAGCUCACAGUCUCAUACCUGAUGUGAGCAAGUUUGCAACUGGAAUAACACCAUUUUGAGUUUGAGAACAUGGCAGAAUCCACUGGAAUGUACAUCAGAAUAAGAAGCUUGUUAAAGAACUUCUCCCGAAAUCAGCAGAGAA